AUGCAUGGUAUCCCGGAAAAUAUUUACACCUCAACGGAAGAAGUUGUUCUCAAGGUAGCUGAGGCUGUUAAUGUCCCUGUUGCUGCGGAGGACAUCGAAAUCUCUCACAAGCUAAGACAACGAAAUGGUAUGAAGCCUAUAAUUGUAAAAUUUUGUAGCCAUAAAGUUAAGUCUCGGCUAUAUAAAGAGCGAACGAAAUUGAAGUCAGUAAAGAUAUCAGAUUUAUCUCCCAGUUAUGCCUCAGCAGCAACAAAGCAAAACCGUAUAUUUAUCAACGAAAACCUCACACCUUAUAGGGCAGACUUAGUAAGACAAGCGAAUGAUAUGAAGGCUGAUGGACUUUUAUCAAGUGUUUGGACACUAGACGGAAAGGUCUUUGUUAAAACUUCACCAUCAGGUAAUCCUGUUAGAAUUUACUCUGAAGAUGAUCUUGAUGAAUUAUAAAUGCUUAACAAACAGGCAUGCAAUAAUUACGGGAGGUCGAUUUCGCCAUGGGCUUAGAUUGUACGAAGGUUAGUCUCUUAAGCGUAUUUUUCUUAAAAAACUUUUGUUCUUUAUUAGUUCUUGUUGUAAAGUUAGGUUUUUUUUUUUGCUUUUUCUUAUUAAUCUAUUCUGUUGCUUUUUCUUUGUUUGUUUUCUUUUUCUUGAUUAAUUCGUUGCUGUUGAGUUUAGUUAACGUAACCUUAUAUUAGCAUAACUAUUGUGCAUUUAAGUUUAGGUGUAAGAUUUUAGGUGAUAAUACAGUAUGAUACUUAUCAAAUUCCUAUCUACGAAGUCUCUUGGGCUACAGAAUGGGGUGGGAGAGUAUUUUUCUCACACGGUACAGAACACUCUAAAGGUACUUGCACAUUACAGAGACCAAAUUCUUUGUUUUCAUCUAGCGUCCAGCUUAUUAAUCCAGAUGGUAGACUAGUCAUUGUUAAAAUUAGGGAAGGCGAUGAGGAUCUUUUUUUAGCCUCUGUGUACGCUCCUUGUGACCCUCAAAGCCAAUGUUGUUUUAUUCAGAAUUUAUGUACUGUUAUUGUUUCUAACACAAACACGUCCAAAGUUAUUAUUGUUGGUGACUGGAAUACUACUCUUCACUCAAUAGAUAAAUACGGAGGACGCCCAUGGUUUGGGACGAACUAUAGAAACCUUCUUCUUCAUUUUAUGGAUGAACUAGGUCUUGUUGACGCCUAUCGUGCCUUACAUCCUAAACGAAAGGUGUUUACUUAUGAAUCAAAACCUCUUAAGCUUAAAUCAAGAAUUGACCUUUUCAUUAUUUCACAGUCAUUAAAGCCAAACAUAAGGAAG